AUGGGUGGCCUUCAUCACGCGAAAAAGAGUGAAGCCAGUGGAUUCUGCUACACGAAUGACAUUGUGCUUGGUAUUCUCGAAUUGCUGAAGUAUCACAAAAGAGUUCUCUACGUUGAUAUUGAUGUUCAUCAUGGAGAUGGUGUCGAGGAAGCAUUCUAUACUACUGAUCGUGUAAUGACGGUCUCGUUUCAUAAAUACGGUGAUUUCUUUCCGGGAACAGGCGAUCUAAAGCGGCCGUUCCCUGCAACAUUCGAGGAAAUGACUCGAUUUCAUAGCGAAGAAUAUAUGAGCUUUCUAAAAUGUGCUAGCCCAGACAAUCUGAAGCUUUAUAAUAAGCAGAUGCUCAAGUUCAAUGUUGGGGAGGAUUGUCCCUUGUUUGAUGGCCUAUACGAGUUCUGUCAGCUGAGUAGCGGUGGAUCUCUAGCUGCCGCUGUCAAACUAAACAAGAGAAAAGCAGACAUCGCCAUAAAUUGGAUGGGUGGCCUUCAUCACGCGAAAAAGAGUGAAGCCAGUGGAUUCUGCUACACGAAUGACAUUGUGCUUGGUAUUCUCGAAUUGCUGAAGUAUCACAAAAGAGUUCUCUACGUUGAUAUUGAUGUUCAUCAUGGAGAUGGUGUCGAGGAAGCAUUCUAUACUACUGAUCGUGUAAUGACGGUCUCGUUUCAUAAAUACGGUGAUUUCUUUCCGGGAACAGGCGAUCUAAAGAGUGAAGCCAGUGGAUUCUGCUACACGAAUGACAUUGUGCUUGGUAUUCUCGAAUUGCUGAAGUAUCACAAAAGAGUUCUCUACGUUGAUAUUGAUGUUCAUCAUGGAGAUGGUGUCGAGGAAGCAUUCUAUACUACUGAUCGUGUAAUGACGGUCUCGUUUCAUAAAUACGGUGAUUUCUUUCCGGGAACAGGUGAUCUAAAGGACAUUGGUGCAGGCAAGGGUCGUCUUUACUCACUCAAUGUCCCAUUGAAGGAUGGCAUUACUGAUGACGCAUAUCAAAGCAUAUUCAAACCUGUGAUGACAAAAGUGAUGGAGAGGUUCCAACCAUGUGCCGUUGUCUUGCAGUGUGGUGCUGACUCCCUGAACGGAGACCGUCUCGGUCCUUUCAAUCUCACUCUAAGAGGGCAUGGAGAGUGUGUCAAGUUCUUCCGAGCGCAAAACAUCCCGUUGAUGAUGGUAGGAGGUGGUGGAUAUACUCCACGUAACGUUGCCCGUUGCUGGACAUACGAGACGACGCUAGCUGUGGAUCGUGAAGUUCCUGAUGAAUUGCCUUAUAACGACUACUUUGAAUAUUUUGGUCCCAACUAUCGUUUGCAUAUUGACCCAUCGAGCGCCACCAACGAAAACACACCGGAGUCUUUGCGAAGAAUUCAGGAAGCAGUCAUCCAAAAUCUUGAAAAGCUUGCCUUUGCUCCAAGUGUUCAGAUGCAACCUGUACCUGAGGAUGCUAUAAAAGCUUUGAAUGACUCCAGUCUCGGGCAGGACAUGGCAGAUCCCGAUGUCCGUUUGCACAGGUCAAUUAUGGAUGGUGUGACCCAAGAUGCCGGCGACUACUAUGACGGCGAAAAUGAAGGCGAUGAUCGACGAAACGAGUCCAACGCUAAGAGAGCAGCUGAAAUGCCAGCGCAAGAUCAAGUGGAUGCGAAAAAAAUGAAAACCGAUGAGGCGAAUGUGACACUGUAA